GUUCCGUCUUGUUUUGUAACGCCUGUAAAACCAUACGAUUCAACUACAGAGACUUUUUGUCUUUCAGCUCACGACGGAAAAUAUGGGUUUCUGAACGAAUGCGACGCAGAAUUAUUUACUGAUAAGAUUGGUUAUUACCUUACUUCUCUCGAGAAUAUCAUUAAAAAGGAGAAUGGAAAAAAGCGUGAAAAAGCACAGGAGUUGUUUGAUCGAUAUAAACAGGCAAGAACAAGAAUUUUUUUCGCUAAAAGUCUUGAUAAGGAAUUGUGUUGGGGCGCAUGCAAUCUCCAAGAUUGUCUGACGUUCAAGACUCGAAGUCGACCUGGCACUUGGCCCCAUCGGAGUGCAGAAAAUCUCCAAGAUUAUCUGCAUUCAAGACUCAAAGUCGAUCUGGGUACUCGGCCUGAUCGCCAGCUAGCAAGAGAUUGGCAAUCGCGAAAAAGUAAAGAGACCGCUGGCCCCUCAGUACACUUACACUACCCAACAUUUAAGGGUAGCUCUCUAGGAAUCGGAACGGUCAAUGGUGGAACAUUCAAUGCUGGAUUGUCCGCAUCGAAAAAAAGAGAUCAGGAAGAGGAUGAUUCUGAAGAAAGAGCUUUCAAAAAAAUUCGCCAAGACACUGGGGACAUACACACUACACCACCACCACAUUCAAUAUCAACUGAAUCUGUGGAAAUCAUUGAUGACUUGGAAAGUGACAUCAAACAAGGUGAAGAAGAAAUCAGGAGGCUUUCACAG